AUGAGCAAGCAAGCGUCACAUCAAUACACAGCUCUUGCGGAAGAGGAUAGACAAUACAACAUCGAAUCCACCAGUCACUCCUCCGCCAGCCUCCGCCAUGAGUGGACUUCUCUCUCUCUCCGUCUCCGCCACGCUGCUGUCGUGGGCCUGCUUAACCUCCGGGUUUCCGAACGGCGCCCCCUACACGAUGUGCGGUACUACGCCCCUUCCCACAACGCGCCCAAAGCACGGCCGAACGAGGGGUCUCCGUUCCAGCUGUUGGUGUCUGCGGAGUACUUCGAUUUCAGGGAAGCUGGACGGGACCGCGUUGUGGUGAACGUAACGAGCAAGACAGAAAGUGUUCCUUUUAAGGGCUUUGUGGUGUCUGCCUACGAUGGUUCAGGAAAGCCUUAUGGGAAAUGGGAUUCUAACCCUAAUGCGCAUCAGGUCCCGCGCUGUAAGAAGCCAGCCAUGACGCACAACGAGGCAUCACCCAAACGCGAAGCCACUCUGGUUUGGCGCCCACCGGAGGGAGAGCACAGUGGGGGUGGGUGCAGUUCAGGGAGCACAGGGAGUGGGGUGGUGCAGUUCAGGUGA